GGCGACUCGGAGGAGGAGGACACGGGUUUCCUGGAAGUCACCGUCUCUGACAUGAAGCAUCCACCCCCGGAGCUGGGCCCCAUGCCCGAGGGGUUGAGCCCACAGCAGGUGGUAAGAAGACACAUCCUGGGCUCCAUCGUGCAGAGCGAGCGGAGCUACGUGGACUCCCUGAAACGCAUCCUGCAGGAUUACAGGAACCCCUUGAUGGAGAUGGAGCCGAAGGUGCUGAGCGCCAGGAAGUGCCAGGUGGUGUUUUUCCGCCUGAAGGAGAUCCUGCAGUGCCACUCCAUGUUCCAGAUCGCCCUCGCCUCCCGCGUGGCCGAGUGGGACUCGGCGGAGAAGAUCGGGGACCUCUUCGUGGCCUCGUUCUCCAAGUCAAUGGUGCUGGACGUCUACAGCGACUACGUCAACAACUUCACCACUGCCAUGUCCCUCAUCAAGAAGGCUUGUCUCACCAAACCCGCCUUCCUCGACUUCCUUAAGAAGAGGCAAAUGGCCAGCGCUGAUCGAGUCACGCUUUACGGGCUGAUGGUGAAGCCCAUCCAGAGGUUCCCUCAGUUCAUCCUACUCCUGCAGGACAUGCUGAAAAACACCCCCAAGGGCCACGCAGACCGCCUGUCCCUCCAACUGGCCCUCACUGAGCUAGAGACCUUGGCGGAGAAGCUCAACGAGCAGAAGCGCUUGGCCGACCAAGUUGCUGAAAUCCAACAGCUCAGCAAGAGCAUCAGUGACCGCAGCAGCCUCAACAAGCAGCUGAGCUCAGGGCAGCGGCAGCUCCUGCUCUGCGAGACGCUGACGGAGACGGUGUAUGGCGACCGGGGGCAGCUCAUCAAGUCCAAGGAGAGGAAGGUUUUCCUGCUCAACGACAUGCUGGUCUGUGCCAACAUCAACUUCAAAGGCCAGCUGGAAAUAAGCAGCCUGGUGCCCCUGGGUCCUAAAUAUGUGGUGAAGUGGAGCACGGCCCUCCCACAGGUGCAGGUGGUGGAGGUGGGGCAGGAGAGCGGCGCCUACGACAAGGACAACGUCGUCAUCCACAACGCCGGCGCCAAGAAGCACGCCCCAUCUGGGCAGGCUUCACACAAUAAAGUCUACCUGGGGCCGCCGCGGCUCUUCCAGGAGCUGCAGGACCUGCAGAAGGACCUGGCGGUGGUGGAGCAGAUCACGCUUCUCAUCAGCACCUUGCAUGGCACCUACCAGAACUUGAACAUGACGGUGGCUCAGGACUGGUGCUUGGCCCUGCAGAGGAUGAUGAAGGUGAAGGAAGAGGAGAUCCACUCUGCCAACAAGUGCCGCCUCCGCCUCCUGCUGCCGGGGAAGCCGGACAAAUCUGGCCGCCCCAUCAGUGUCAUGGUGGUCUUCAUCACUCCAAACCCCCUGAGCAAGAUCUCCUGGGUGAACCGCCUGCACUUGGCCAAGAUAGGACUGCGGGAGGAGAACCAGCCGGGCUGGCUCUGUCCUGAUGAAGACAAGAAGAGCAAAGCUCCUUUCUGGUGCCCCAUCCUCUCCUGCCACAUGCCUGCCUUCUCCAAGGCCCUCGAUCUGCAGCUCAGCACCGCAGUGCACAACCCUGUGCAGUCCUCUCUGCUGGGCUUCUCCGCCGUCAGCACCUCUCUGCCGCAGGGCUACCUCUGGGUUGGGGGAGGCCAGGAAGGCGCCGGGGGACAGGUGGAGAUCUUCUCCCUCAACCGUUCCGUGCCGCGGACGGUGAAAUCCUUCCCGGUGACUUCCCCGGUGCUGUGCAUGGAAUACAUCCCCGAGGGGGGCCAGGAGGAAUCGGGGGGCACCCAGGAGCCCCGACCCCUCACCGAGCAGCUCCCAGCAUCCCUGCAUCCCACUGUCUGCCUGGGGUUACGGGAUGGCAGCAUCGUGCUCUAUGGCAGCGUGGACACGGGGACCCAGUGCUUGUUGACCUGCAAAAGCCCAGGAAUGCAGCCUGUCCUCUGCUUGAGGCACAGCCCCGAGUACCUCUUCGCGGGGUUGCAGGAUGGGACCGUGGCUGCCUACCCCAGGAACAACGGGGGGCUGUGGGACCCCACGCAGCAGCCCACCCGCCUGGCUGUGGGUGCCAGCCCUGUACGAGCCCUCCUGACCCUGGAUGAGACCCUCUGGGCCAGUUGUGCCAACCAGGUCACUGUCCUUGAUGCCACCAGUCUUCAUGCCCAGCAAACCUUCGAGGCCCACCCUGACACGGAGGCCAGUGUCACACACAUGAUCAAGGCUGGCAGUGGGGUCUGGAUGGCCUUCUCCUCGGGGUCCUCCAUCCGCCUCUUCCACACCGAGACUCUGGAGCAUCUCCAGGAGAUCAACAUUGCCACCAGGACCACCUUUGUCCUCCCAG